AUGCGUCGCUCUUUCGGUUCUUAUGCGGCGAACGAGGUGGCAAGGUUAUUUUCUGGCCCGGGCAAGCUGGUGUCAUUUUUGAUGAUGCGUCCAACCCUGCAGCCUGCUCGUGACCAUAACCGCAUGCCUCUGUUUCUGGACCUGAUCAUCCAAGUUCCACAAAAGCAACAGACACUACUAGACAACAUUCAGACCUACCGCUUGAACCAGCCUCGGGGGUGCAAACCCAACAACGUCAGCACUGAAGUGAUAAUCAAGAAGAUCGAUAAUAUCACCAGCCAGGGACUAGGUUUGACGCCAAGCGAGUCCAAAUGUUGGAAUGACAUCGGGAGUGGUUUGCGCGAUGGCCCCCACGCUGAGCCUCUGUACGCCAUUGCGGGAGCGGUUAGGGCUCUCCACUCUUCCUACGGCACUGAAACGGACCCCAUCUCUUACUACGCCAGGUCGCGAACACCUCUUUCAAAAGCCGAUUCGUCCACUUGUGGAAACUAG